AUGGUAACUGGAUCAGCAACCCCAGGCCCUCCUCCGCCGCCUGCAGGGCCGCCGACGCAGAAAGUGAGCGACGUCAUAUCGAGCUUCCGGCCAGCAAGACGCUUCAAGUCCGGCAGCUCAGGCACGUCCAUCACCUCUCUCGACUUCGACGACACAGGCGAGCUCGCCAUUGUAGCACGCGACGACGAUACGCUCCAGAUCUACAACUGCAAAGAAGGAAAGCACGCCAAGGAGCUGAAGUCGCAGAAGUAUGGUGUUCAUCUGGCGCGCUUCUCACAUCAUGCGCAGAGCAUCAUCUACGCCAGCACAAAGGUCGAUGACACACUGCGCUUCCUCUCCACACACGACAACUCGUAUAUUCGAUACUUCAAGGGCCAUGAAGACACAGUAACGUCGAUAUCCUUGUGUCCUUCGUCUGACACAUUCAUCUCUUGCUCGGCGGACAACACAGUCCGUCUCUGGAACCUGCAAUCACCGAAUUACGUCGGCCGCCUCAACCUCCACAAGCCCUAUCUCGCUGUCUAUGACCCCUCAGCGACAGUCAUCGCGAUUGCCUCAGCCGACACCCAGACAAUACUGCUAUACGACAUACGCAACUACGACAAGCCGCCCUUUGCGACCUUUGAUUUGCAGGAGCUCGAGCAGCGAUUCCUUGGCGGACGAAAGGGCCAGUGGACUAAAAUUGAGUUCACCAACGACGGCAAGAGCUUGGUUGUCGCGACCAACGACAGCGGCCACUUUGUACUUGAUGCCUUUUCUGGCGACAUUACGCACUUCUGCUACCGCAAAGGAGGAUCUUCAGGGCGGCUUACACCUGGUGUGUCUCGAGGCAGCCACAACUCCCACAAGUCGAAUGGGAGCACUCCUUCCGUUGGGCAAGGCGAUCUCUGCCUCACUCCCGAUGGCCAGUACCUGAUCGGUGGCAGUGGGGACGAUGGUCUCUUGGUCUGGGACAUCUCGAAAGCGGCGUCGCCAAACAACGUUCUGGAGCCUAUGGAGAAGCUACCUGGACAUGGACGAGGGGCAAUUGUGGGCUACAAUCCCAGGACGAACCUGCUGGCUAGCGCAGACCGGGACUUUUACUUGUGGCAGCCGGACCCAGAUCUGAUGAUCUGA